AUGGUAAAGAAAUGGAAGGCUGAAGAUGCACUGGGCUUUAUUUAUGUGUGGGCAUGGUCUGUGUCGAUGUACCCGCCAAUUAUUACGAAUUGGAAGCAGAAAUCUUCAACUGCAGUUUCCAAAGAUUUUGCUGUGCUAAACACCACUGGUUACUUCUAUCUGCUAAUAUCGUUAACCUUACAGCUGUAUCUUUGGCUUCCGGCACCGUUAAGCGUGAAAGAUGGACGGAAGCCGGUAGAUACGAGACCCAAGGUUACUCAGUUCGACUUCUGGUACUGUCUACAUGGCUGUGUGAUGAACUUAGUGCUUGUGAGCCAAGUGAUUUACGGGAAGAAGCUAUGGAAAUUCAAGGCAGACAACCAUCAGAUCCGGAUGAGGCCCUACUACCAUAAGUUCUGGAUAAUCUCCUUGGUGGUUUUUGCCAUGCUUACGGUCAGAUUUGGUUUCCAGAUAUUCUUCCAAGGCUGGGACAACCAGAGGACCCUGUCAUACUGCAACAGUCUGUUCGUUUUGAAGAUCUCCAUGUCUUUGAUCAAGAACAUGCCGCAGGCGUUCCAUAACUACGAAAGAAAGUCCCUGAAGGGGUUUGCAAUCCAGAGCGUGAUGCUUGACAUUACUGGCGGCGUCACAUCGCUGUUGCAGCUGGUAUCGCAGAUAAGCAACGACCAGGGUUUUAGCGCCACGACGCUGGCGGCCAAUUUCGGCAAGAUCGGAUUAGCCCUGGUUACGCUGGUGUUUGACUUCAUCUACGUGUCCCAAUGGCUGAUCUAUCGGGACGCCGAGCUGGGUGCGGCCAGUUCCAACAUAAUCAAGCUUAGCUAA